UCCGGGGCAGGGGCAGUGUCCGGGGCAGGGGCGGUGUCCGGGGCAGUGCCCGGGGCAGUGGCGGUGCCCGGGGCAGUGGCGGUGUCGGGGGCAGUGGCGGUGUCCGGGGCGGUGUCCGGGGCAGUGGCGGUGUCCGGGGCAGUGGCGGUGCCCGGGGCAGUGGCGGUGUCGGGGGCAGUGGCGGUGUCCGGCCCCCGGCGGAAGGGCGGGCCCGGGCGGCGCCCCAGCGGCGGCCCUGCUCCCGGCCGCGCUGCAGCAGUAGCAGAGCUCGUCGCUAAGGCACAUUCUGUGCGCGGCAGGACGAUGCUGUUCCGCUUCGGCGUGGUGCUGCCCGCCCGGGUGACGGAGGGCGGCGCGGAGCUGCUGGUGGCCGGGUCGCGGCCGGAGCUGGGCGAGUGGGACCCGCGGCGCGCCGUGCCCAUGAGGAGGGCGCGGCCGAGCGCCCCGCUGCCCGCCCAGGAGCCCGCGCUGUGGCUGGCGGAGGUGGCGCUGCCGGACGAGGACGCCGCCAGCCCCUUCUGGUACAAGUUCCUGCGGCGGGAGGGCGGCCACUUCCUCUGGGAAGGUAGUGGGCCCCAUCAUGAUCGAAGUUGUGUUUACAACCAGAGCAACAUAGUAGAUGGAGUUUACUGCCUCCCAAUAGCACACUGGAUUGAAGUCUCUGGACAUACUGAUGAGAUGAAACACACAACUGAUUUCUAUUUUAAUAUCGCAGGACAUCAAGCCAUCCAUUACUCCAGGAUUCUGCCCAACAUCUGGCUGGGUAGUUGCCCUCGGCAGCUGGAGCACGUGACCAUCAAGCUGAAGCAUGAGCUGGGUGUUACAGCUGUGAUGAACUUCCAGACUGAAUCUGACAUUGUCCAAAAUUCCUGGGGCUGCAACCGCUACCCAGAACCCAUGAGCCCUGAAAUCCUCAUGAAACUGUACAAGGAAGAAGGUCUUGCCUAUGUCUGGCUGCCAACUGCAGACAUGAGCACUGAAGGCAGAAUCCAGAUGUUGCCCCAAGCUGUCUGCCUGCUGCACGGGCUGCUGCAGAACGGGCACACGGUGUACGUGCACUGCAACGCGGGCGUGGGCAGGUCCACGGCCGCCGUCAGCGGCUGGCUCAAGUACGUGAUGGGAUGGAGCCUGCGGAAGGUGCAGUACUUCUUGGCUGCCCGGAGACCCGCUGUCUACAUAGACGAGGAAGCACUGAGCCGUGCCGAAGAGGAUUUCUACCAGAAAUUUGGGCAUCUUCGUUCCUCGUACCAAAUACAAGAGUAGCAAAGCAGAAGGGGACAAGGAAGGUGAAGAGGAAUCCUUACAUUUGAACCCCAAGGACUUAGAAAUUUCUGUGACUCAGACACCCACCUCACCUCUUCAGAUUAUAAACUUCUUGUAAAAGUGGUUAGAGUUUUGUUUAAAAAGUGCCUUAGAGUGAUUUUUAUUUACUUUCUUUAAACUGAUGUUAUUUGUGUUUUCAAGCCUUUUGGUGCAAAUAUGAGACCUAGAAACUCUGCAAAGUGAAACAAGAUUCUCUUUUAACUACUUGCCUGUAGGAACUGAGGUUUUAGGGUAGACACUAAACAGGAUGUGAGGUGAAACAGAGCAGUAUUUCAGUGACAAGAAAAAAAAAAAGAUUAACAGAUUAAGGUUCAGGUUAGGGUGGAGCAGAUCGUCAUCAAAACUGCUCAGUUAUUUUAAGCAGAUAUUAUAUUGUUGCAAUGUUUUAUAGUAAUUUUGUAGACAAGUGGUAUUAAUGAGAAAGACCAGAAGGAAACUGGUUCUUCAACUCAGUGUUUAAAAACAAAAAGCUAAUGUCUAAUGCAUUUUCUCUUUGUCCAUUUAGUUAAUGUUAAAUAUUAUGAACUCCAGCUAUGUUCUUUUGUGACACUGGGGCUCCAGCUGUGGCAGCCUUGCUUUGUUGUGGGGCAGGACCACUGUUUGUUAUUUUCCUAGGCUGUGAGUUCUCUGAGUUGAAGCUGCAUUUUGCUCCUCUGGCCCAUGCAGUGCUGUACAGGGGCUCCCAUAGGUGCCAAGUCAAUCUGAGCAGUAACCCUGGGGUAAGACAGGACCUAUAGGAGUUGUGUGAUAAGCAAUAUGCACGACUGGUCCCACAGCCUCUGGGCUGUUGACCUAGAUUAGUAUCUUCAAUACAGCAAAAGCCUCUCCUUGUGCAAGCAGUGGGUGUGUGUUCUGUUUAGCUGAUUGAAGCUAAUGCUGGGCUAUCUCUGGGCUGAACAAAGUGAAUACAUUCCUCUCUAGGAACAAAGAACAACUCUGCAGAGGAUGGUUUCUCAGGAGCUUAGCCUCAGUGUUAGUUUUGUGGAUGAUCCCUAAUGUUUUCCAUGGCUGCUUGGUCCCUUAGCUAAACGAAGCAGUGGCACCAACAGCUUCCAGUCCUGCUCAGAUAAAAUCAAUUUGCUGUAGGUUUCAAUCCUCAAGAGAGAAGAGAGGAUUAAGGAUGCAUAAACAUUAGGAAACAUAAUUUUGAUAGGUUUAUUCUUCAGUGAAAUCUCAUUUUUUCUAGCCAUCUUGUUCCUCUAAAGAUGCAGUCAGUGACAGAGUAGUUUAAGUAAUAAAUAUUGAUUUUCUGAAUGCUUAAUGGAGAAACUAUUAGAUAUGAACUGUUUAUGGAGAAUGCCCAAAAUAAUAUAUUUUAUUUAUCGUAUACGUCAAUCAUAUUGAAAAGAAAAAUGCUUAUUUAAGUUAUUCUAUGUUUGGAUUUGAUCAUGACUUCAUUUCUGAUUUUUUGAAAUAACGCUACCAGUUUAGAAAAUGGAUGAGAAAAGUUCUCUGUUAAAUAAAGACAAAGUGACUGUU